UCUCUAUGGCAACCCACUCUCCUUUCCCCCCUCUGUCUCCGGCAUCUGGCUCGACUUAUCGCGAGAGGAGAGCGUGGGGGCAGUGGACGGGUCUCUAGACACGUGGUCCCCCCCCCCCCUCGCACGGCACGGGAAGCGGGGCUGAGGGGAAGCGGGGAUUAGGCAGGAGGCUUCCGGACCGGAAGUGACGUGAGGAGCGGUGUUCUGACAGGUAGAGGCGGCAGGUGGAUGCAGGUACCCAGCUCGAGCCAGCCGUUUCCGGCACUUUGGUGUAAACAGAAUCUCGGGUCAAAAGACUCCAGCCAGCCAGAGCGAUGUUUGGAGAUUUGGACUAUGACAUUGAGGAGGAUAAACUUGGGAUCCCCACCGUUCCUGGGACAGUAACCUUGAAGAAGGAUGCUCAGAAUCUGAUUGGGAUUAGCAUUGGGGGAGGAGCACAGUGCUGUCCCUGUCUCUAUAUUGUUCAGGUGUUUGAUAACACUCCGGCAGCCCUAGAUGGAACUCUGGCAGCUGGCGAUGAAAUCACAGGAGUGAAUGGGAAGUCAGUAAAAGGGAAAACUAAAGUCGAGGUAGCCAAAAUGAUACAGGUGGUAAAGGAAGAAGCGACGAUUCACUACAACAAACUCCAAGCCGACCCAAAGCAGGGCAAGUCCUUGGAUAUUGUGUUGAAGAAAGUGAAGCACCGAUUGGUGGAGAACAUGAGCUCGGGUACAGCAGAUGCCUUGGGACUAAGCCGAGCCAUCCUCUGCAAUGAUGGACUGGUGAAGAGGCUGGAGGAGCUGGAGAGAACUGCAGAGCUGUAUAAAGGCAUGACAGAGCACACCAAGAGUCUCCUUAGAGCUUUCUUUGAACUCUCCCAGACACACAGAGCGUUUGGAGAUGUUUUCUCGGUCAUUGGUGUACGGGAACCACAGCCAGCUGCCAGUGAAGCCUUUGUGAAAUUUGCAGAUGCCCAUCGCGGUAUCGAGAAAUUUGGGAUCCGCCUACUGAAAACUAUCAAACCGAUGCUGACUGACCUGAACACGUACCUCAACAAAGCCAUUCCCGACACAAGACUGACCAUCAAAAAAUACCUGGAUGUCAAGUUUGAGUACUUGUCUUACUGCCUGAAAGUGAAGGAGAUGGAUGAUGAGGAAUACAGCUGCACUGCACUGGGUGAGCCCCUCUACAGGGUCAGCACUGGGAACUAUGAGUAUCGCUUAAUCCUACGCUGCCGCCAGGAGGCACGCACGCGCUUUGCCAGGAUGAGGAAGGAUGUGCUGGAGAAGAUUGAACUGCUGGACCAGAAACAUGUGCAGGACAUUGUGUUCCAGCUCCAGCGCUUUGUCUCUACCAUGUCCAAGUACAAUGACGACUGCUACGCCGUGCUCCGGGAUGCAGAUGUCUUUCCCAUCGAAGUGGAUCUAGCACGCACCACCCUGAGCUAUGGUCAGAAGGACGUCUUCUCAGAUGGGACAGAGGAGGAAGAGGAAGCAGGAGAGCGACAGGCCAGGAGGAAGGAGGAAGCAAAUGGCGAAAAACUUAUUGAUGAUGCCUGAAUAUGCUGACACAGUGGGCAGGAAAGACAUUAGAGACUGAUAAAAUCUAUUUCACGUGGUGAUUCGUCCUCAGUGAUUUUCUGUAUAAGCUCAGCAAGGGAUUCCUCCUCUGCUUUGGAUGGGGACAGUUGGGAUGACUUGGGCGCAAAGUCCACACUCUUUCCAGCCUCCACUUUUUCCUUCCCUCUCUCUUUACCUGGAUGUCUUUCCCCAGCGUUCCAUUGCCCAACUCAGAGGCUGAGGUAGGGGGUUAUUGUGGGAAACCCUUUGAGGGAUUCCCUCCCUGCACCAUAUGAUUCCACCUGCAGAGGGGACCCUUCUGAGUGUGAAGGGUGCAUCCCUCCUCUUCUGCUGCCUGCGUCUGCUAAAAAUAGCACCUGAAGAGGGAUGACUAUGGACAGCAAGAACAGCUCCUCCUGAUCUGCCCUCACUAGAUGGAAGUCAGCAGGAUCACUCGCUCCACUUCUGACUACCCUGGGACCAGAAGGUUUUGCCUCUCUACUCUCCCACUUCAAAUGUUGUUUACAAUUCUACUGCCCCUGCUGGCUCUAGGUAGAUGUGAGGAUGCUAGAGGAAUCUGCCCCCUCUGCACCUGCUUUGGCUGCUAUUUCCUAUGGAAGAGAAAGAGAACCCAGGCAAGCUGAGGCAUAGAACUAGUGGUAGAUGUAAACAGGUCAUCAACCAACAAGGGAUUGAUGAAAACCUUCAAGGAAAGGGCUGCCUGGAUCCCUUCCCAUGUGUAGCAUCACCCUCCCCAAAGAAAGAGAAGGGAACUAGCCUUUAUCAGAGACGAACCAUCUUCAGCAGGACAUGGGCAAAAGGUGAAACUUCUACUAGUCAAAAGGAGGAGGUUUGUGAAAUUCACACUGGCUCAGGGGACUCUCAUCCGUGUGUGUGUUUCGUCAUUUCCCCUCUCACAUUUUGCUCCUGGUUGGCCUUAACCAGAUUUGCUCCUUGAGGAUGCACAGCUUAUCACGUGCACCCCUCCCUGUGCAUAGGUGCCAAGAUGUGUGAUCACUAUGAAA